AUGAUUCCUGUCGUUGGAACUCUCCACGUGUCAUCCAAUCAAUGUACCAUCCCAGUCCAAAAGUACAACACCUACAAUGUAUCGGUUUCUGUCAAGAAGCCUGACUUUGAGUACUUGAGACUUCUGGAGAGAACUACGGCGCUAUUCAGUGUCUUUGAGCUCCUCGCUACUGUUGCCGUUAUCGCGUUGGCUUGGAACCCGUUCUGCGUGCUCUUUAUCUUCCCAUUCAUCCUACGCAUCGCCGCUCUCCCAAGACACUUCUUUGUUUUUCAUUCCAACCCAAUCUUCGUUCAUUUCCACGCUUCAUCCAUCGCAGCCGAGUGUCUCAUUGCAUUCUGUUGCACCUUCUUCUCGUGUCAAAACCUGACUUGGAAUGAGGACAAAGGAUUCUGUACUGUGGCGCUUUCUAGUCUAACUGUUUUGCUCUUCACCCGCUUCUGGCUCACAAUUCGCCAGUACGACCAUUACAACCGCGCCCGGAUGACUCUUAUUCUGUCGGAUAAGAAGAAUUUGUUUACAAUCGUGUGA